CCAAAAACAUUUGACAAGGACAGAGAAAUAUAAAUAGUCUACAUGAAGUUUGGGUUUUCUCGGGUCGAGCUCUCAAGUACUGUGUCCCUAAGAGCGAGGCCUGGCCAUUUAGUGAGAAAUGUCUUUCAUUUUUUAUGGCUCUGCUGGACUCUGAUGCCAAAAGUAGUUCUUGUCAAGUCAGUUGCUCACCGUAAGGGACCUCCGCUUUGGUUUUUAGAAUUGCAGGUGCAGAGACGAUAAGACCACAGCCGUUUCCAAGCCCAUUCCAGCGCUGUGAUUUGUUCUAUUGUACUAGUACACCAACACAAAGACCCACACCAUAUUAAAAUGACACCUGCAUUAUUCCCCCACAACAAACCUGAGAGCAAAAUGCAUUCACACAAAACUCCCCGAAGACCCAUUGAAUGUGUAACAUUAGGAUUGUAUAUGCGGAGUAAAUGGGUGCAAGCAGGAAAUGUGUUUUGCCCGUGAUGAAUUCCAUAUCUUGGUAAAUAAAACAAGAUCUGAAAUCCCUUCAUUCGGCGAGCAGUCGCUCUCGGGCAGCCCUCACCGGUGGAGAUGUGAAAUGGGUUUUGUCAGGGGUGGGAGCGGCUGGUCUCGCGGUUAAUUAUUGAUUCAGUGCGUGUGCAGCUGCGAACAACAGAGAAUGUGGAAAGAGUUUGCAAAAAUAUUAAGAAAAGAGAAAAUGAAAGAAAAAAAUAAUGCAUUGGAUGACAUUAUUUUACAAGAGACUGUCCAUUUUACCUGAGUAGAUGCAACUGAAUGUAGUGUGUUCAUAAAAGAGUAGGGGGAGCAAAAUGAGUCUGUGACAUCACAAAAUGAGAAGGCUAUGGUCAUGAAUAUCAAUUAGCUUGUGUUGCUAUUGCUGAUGUUAGAAAUACGUUGCCUGCAUUAAUAACAUCUACGGCACACUAUUAAACAAAUUUUAAAGAUUAAACGACAAGGGUUUAAAGUUAAACCAAUUAUGGGAGGAGGAGGAGGAGGAGGAGCUUGAACCCACAGCAAAAAGAAUUCCAAACUACACACAAUAAAUGUGAACGUAAAUGUGUAGGCCUAUACAUGUGUGUGUGUGUGUAUUCAACGAGGUCUUAAGAUAAAGUUUAUUUUAUCGUUAAAAGAUAGUUUUAUUUCUCGCCAAGUAGACUCACACAAACAGAUGCCAAGUUCGCCUGAGGAGGUAACCAUAGCAACAAUACGCUGUGACCAAUAAUAACUGUCUUAUUUAUCACUUUAUUAUAAACGUAUAAGUCACAAAUAUAUCAUAAAUCGUUUGUUAAUUAUUUAAAAAGUCUUAGUCUCGUAACUGUUCUAGUGGCGCCAAAUUAACAUAGCUUAUUGCACGAGACAAACUUCUACAGAUUGGUCUCGAAAAUUGCAUUUAUAAGUCAUUGCAAAAUUCACACACUGAUAGCGACCAAGAAGUUAAAAGAACACACACAAAAAAAAAAAAAAAAAAAAAAAAAAAAAACACUGUAGCCUAUGUGCGCGUGCGUCUUCCCUCAGGUUCAAAUUGUAAAUUACAUCCCUAUCUAGUCAUCACAGGUACCGUUUGCUUUUGACACUUCACUUAAACCCAAAACGUUUCACAUGUACCUGUCUUGCACAUGCAACAGAAGGUCAAAUUAGCUGUCCAUCAGAGCCCGCAGUUUCCCCAAAGGCGCGACGCUCCCCAGUGACUCGCGCGCGCCUCACCCUUUUCAACAGUCUCCUCAAGAGCAGCGCGCGCCACCCCGUCUGUCCCCGCUCAACCAAUCAGAUCUCACACCAGCCUGACACUGUAUUCCAUAAAUGGUGUGGAGGAAAAAGGGACGCUCGCACUGCUAGCUCCACAGAGUCAAGGGAACCGAUAUUUUUUGUUUUUAUUGUUUUAUUUUGGAUACUCCCCCCCUCAGCUACAUUAAUUUACGAAACAAUAGACGCUCGCCGAUCGCAGCUUUAAGUUUUCGACUCCAUCUCACCAUAUCUCUCAGCCGACCUGUCUGCAUCCGACUGUCCUUGGGUCCACGCGACACCUCUCCUUCAAGACUUUAGGGAGCGACUCCCCCAGAAAACCGCUCAAAAACGCAACGUUAUUUUUUUUUAACCGGGUAUAAAAUAACGAGCUUUUUUUUCUUUUUCUUUUUUACCUUCAUCUCCGGACACGAGAAUGGUCAUGGGAUCGACAGAGACUCAGUGGCGUCAGGCAGACCUGCCGCAGCUCCAGGGCUGGGCUGAGAAGGGACUGCUGACACAGCCAAAGAUGAUAAUCAGCAACAUGGAGCCUCAGGUGACGAAUGGGCCAAACUCUGGCACGGCCAACGGGCCCUCCAGCAACAGCCGCAGCUGCCCCUCGCCCAUGCAGACCGGCGGCCCUAAUGACGACAGCAAGACCAACCUCAUCGUCAACUACCUGCCCCAGAACAUGACCCAGGAAGAGUUUCGCAGCCUCUUCGGCAGCAUUGGCGAGAUUGAGUCCUGCAAGCUGGUUCGAGACAAAAUCACAGGGCAGAGUCUUGGCUAUGGUUUCGUCAACUACAUUGACCCAAAAGAUGCAGAGAAAGCCAUCAACACGUUAAAUGGACUCAGACUUCAGACCAAAACUAUUAAGGUGUCGUAUGCACGGCCCAGCUCGGCUUCUAUCCGUGACGCCAAUCUGUACGUGAGUGGGCUGCCCAAAACCAUGACCCAGAAGGAGCUGGAACAGCUUUUCUCUCAGUACGGACGGAUAAUCACCUCCCGCAUUCUCGUCGACCAGGUCACAGGCCCCACAGGUGGCUCGCGGGGUGUGGGCUUUAUUCGCUUUGAUAAGAGGAUAGAAGCGGAGGAAGCCAUCAAGGGUCUGAAUGGACAGAAGCCUUCAGGUGCCGCCGAGCCCAUUACGGUGAAGUUUGCCAACAACCCAAGCCAGAAGACCAGCCAGGCAUUACUGUCGCAGCUGUACCAAUCCCCCAACCGGCGCUACCCAGGACCCCUUCACCACCAAGCGCAGAGGUUCAGGCUGGACAAUUUGCUUAAUAUGGCCUAUGGCGUUAAGAGGUUCUCCCCCAUCACCAUCGAUAGCAUGACCAGUCUAGUAGGGAUGAAUAUCCCCGGUCACACAGGAACGGGCUGGUGCAUCUUCGUCUACAACCUGUCCCCAGACUCGGACGAGAGCGUCCUGUGGCAGCUCUUCGGACCGUUCGGUGCCGUCAACAACGUCAAGGUGAUCCGCGACUUCAACACCAACAAGUGCAAGGGGUUCGGAUUCGUCACCAUGACGAACUACGACGAAGCGGCCAUGGCCAUCGCCAGUCUGAACGGGUAUCGGUUGGGUGACCGUGUCUUGCAAGUGUCUUUCAAGACCAACAAGACCCACAAGUCCUGAACUCCCCUCUCAUCACUUGUGUAGCUCCUUACAGCUCCUCUAAUACUAAAAACCCACCUCCGCCCACUCAGCUACUCAAAACAGGAACACACCCAACCAACAAACCCACAAAAAAAGAACUGGAUAUGGCUUAUAAUAUAACUUUGGACCUAUAAGCCAAUGUUGCCUAAGUAUUACAAAAUGACAAAUUGAGAAUAUUCAUUAUUUGGAGACCCUGGAAGUGGUACAGGGAUUCUGUUGUAUAUCUUUUUGAGUUCUCGUGGUUGUCUUUCCUUUUUUUCUUUUUUUUUUCUCUGUAAACAGUAGCAAAACCAGACCGCCCUUAUUUUGAAGAAGAAAAUGUCCUUCUUUAGAUCGAACUCUCUUGGUGUCGAUUCAGGAUUUUUUCUUUCUUUUUUAAAUCCGGAUCCACUGUCGUUAGAAAAACACCUCCCUGGUAAGAGAACGGGAGGGGGCUCUUUUUAAAAAAAGAAGAAGAAAAAAAAUCAGUGAUCAUUCAUUCAUUUGUUUUGGUGUAAAUUGUUAGAGAACCCCAAGGAAUUGACAGGGAUGAGGCCAUCCCUUUUCUCUAAUGCAGAAGAUGUUUCUAGCAUAGUUUUGGUUUUGUACUGCAAACAAAACACACGUCUGUCCUCACAGGGGAUUCAGGGGGAAGGGGCGAGGGAAGGGAUGGGCUAGCGCUCCUGAUGACACGUUGCGUCAAAAAAAAAAAAAACUUCACACACACUGUUGCCAAAGAGAAAGUCUCUUUGCUUGAAAAUGCGUUUAGAAAAAAUGAAAAAAUAAAGAGAAAGAAGAUCUAUUUUUAUAAAUAAUGAUUAAAAUAAUUAUUGAAGAAUUUUUACAAGAAUCUGGAUUUGAAAAAAGAGAAAAAUAUUUUGACUGGCUAAUUAGGGACGGGGGGAGGGGUCAGGUGCCACCUUGUCUUGUUCGUUCUGCCGUGGUACUUUUUAGGAUCCAAGGUUGUUUGUUUUUCGGGGAGAACCGGAUUGGCGAUGGAAGAAUUUUGUAGAUGGAAGAAUUUAUCAAGGGAUGCAAAUUCAGGCAGGUAAUUUUUCAUAGCAGUAAUUAUUCAACAGCGAUACCCAAUAGGAGAGGGAGAGGGGUCUUCCCAGGCCGACCACAUCUUCACAGUCAAGAGCCCAAAGCAAGGCCACCCAUCGUCCACUCAUUUACUUUAGACCAUCCGUGUUUGGGAUAUAAGUAAUAAAGAUACACACACACACACACACACUUCUUUCUCCAUUCGGACGACAUGUACAUGGUUAUGUUUAAUUCGCUAUGAUUUCGUGAUAUCGCAUUCGAGAUGUACUUCCUUUAGCGAUCAACAGUAGGUGCUAUAUUACAUGGUUCACAUAUCUUAAAUAUCCAACUUUGUUGUUCUUCGUGUUGUUUAGAGAGAAAAAAAAGAAAACUUCGAUGUUGGCAUUAUAUUAAGCUGCUGUUUUUCUUCUUUCGUUGGCGUUUAUUCUUUGGAAAUCGUCGUCGUUGGCCAGGGUGUAUGGUCUGGAGAAACCCCAGAUGACCAAUUUCGGGCCUUGAUGACGUCGUUCCUUUGGCUUGCUUCCUUCUAGGUUAUUUGCUGAGUGUACAGCGUUUGUCGAAAUUCAGCGAUAAUUAGCUAGUUCUGUUAGUCUAGUAUUCGUUUCCUCAAAGGAUCUAUUACGACUGUGUCUUUCUUUGUUGUGUACAAAUAGAUGAUAUAUAGUCAACAUUUUCUGUUCCAAUAUCUAUAUCUAUCUGAGUUGUCACUGUUUUUCGUUUGGGAUUGUCUUUUUUCAUAUGAAAACUUUAUGAAGUGAUGGUUCAGUUACUUAGAAAAACUUGUGAGGAAUCCUGUUUAAUAUGUUGUCAUGUCGCUUGUGAAGAUAAAGAAAAAACGCAAAAAAACUACUGAAAAAUUGGAUCGAUUUAUUUGAUUUACCGCCGCAGCAAAAGAAAUCGAACAAAAAGCUUCUUGAGAAAAAUCUGUAUUUAUUUAUUGAUCGAUUGAUUGAUUGUCUCAUUGAUUAAAUUAUUUAUUUAUCUCGAUUAUUUAUUUAUUUACUUGUUCCUUUCUUAUGUUGUCUGUGUUUUUGCGUGAUUCUGGUACAGGGAGGGGGGGGGGGUCUUUCUGAGCAAAAGGGAACAAACGACUAGGGGAGACGCUCUUCCAUUAGUCCUGUGCACUGAGAAAUUUUAGUACGUUUGUGCUUUGUACCAAUAUAUCAAAAUUACAAUAUAAAAAAUUUAAAAGUCAAAAACGAAAAAAAUGUCAAGAGGGUUGGUGAGGCUCUUCCCUUAUUAAUAGAAACAGUUACUCGCUAUGCAUAACCUAGCCGAUAGUUCAAUUUGCUAUUGCUUUUUUCUUGUCUUGUUAAACAUAAAUCUUUAAAUCUUUUUCAAUAAAGUUUAGUCUUAAUAGAAUGUUAUAACAGUUGUUCUGGUUCAAUAUAACCUGUGAUAAGUUUGUGUAGUUUUAAAAGCCACUUCCCGCCCUCCCUCCACACACUACCGUUGCUUUGUGAUUAAACUUUAUGCAAAAAUGUGGGUCUGAAAUGUAGUUUCUCAUGGAUCUCGACAGCGUUCAUGUCAGGCUUUGCUGCCCUAAUUUGAUCGAGUGAUCUGUGUCCAUUGUUUUAGUAUGAUUCAUCGACUCAUCUGAACUGUAACCUUCAUUUAAACCACAUUGAUACUCCAAAAAAUACAAAAAACAAAAAAACAAAAAAAAAGCAUUGACUCUGAUUGUACUGGUUGAACAAAAAUAGCUAUAGCAGAUAAUAUUUGAUAGAUGACACCUGUUAUAUAUUUUCUAAGAUAUAGUCUAUUUUGAGAGGUAAACUUCCUGAAUGGAGAGCUCGGCUCUUGUUAAGACCGGUGUGAAUGCUGGAGAACAAAAAAAGAAAAAAACAAAGUCACGUUCAUGAGCAGUCUUACAUUCCUCCACCUUUAAUGCCAUCCAUCCUCCUCUGCUCCGUCUCUAAGGGGGCGGCGGCACGGCCCUUCUCAAACCCCGCUGCGGCUGGGAGUUUGAAUUAUGCAACGACCCCACUAGAAUGUUGUUCUGAUGUACAAACAAAUUUCCUGCAUUAAGUCCUCCUCUUUUGGUUAAUGCCACCACCCUCCGCGUGUCUGAGCGUGGAUGACUGCACGGGAGAGCGUCUAGGACGCGUGAGAGUUUGCGGGGGUGUUGGAAACGCAGGGCCGAGGCUCUAUGGUGCGUGCCCAUAUCGCAGUGUCUCUCCCCCUGUAGCGCCUUAUAGUGGCAGCCUGCCAAUAGGAACCCAUCAGCCAGUAGUGUAGGAGGGAAGGCAAAGUGAGGAACAAGGCUCUUGUCAUAAUUCAUUUUCUCCUGAAAUGUGUUUGUUUACUAUCUGAAAAAUCUAUAAAUCUUUAAAGACAAAAAAAGAUGAAAAAAAAGAAAAAAAAAAGUUCACCGGACCAAGCUGGUCUCUCCUACUUACGUUAUAUUACUUAUCUAUCGAUUAUUGAUUAUUGUUACUAUGAUUAAUAUUAUUCUCAUUAUCCUUAUUCUUAUUAUGAAUCAAAUUACUGCGAUGAAUGACUUCAUGUUAUCCUUGCUAGUUUAGGUCAUUUCUGAAACUGGAAACAAAAUAUGGAAAAAAAUACUUGCUGUAAAUGUUUUUUUCUUUUUCAUAAAACUGUUGUGUUUGAAUUAUUUGUACUUUUGAAUGUUGGGACAAUAAAAUAAGGUGUUGAAAGCUG